AUGUCGCAAGAGACAGAGCCGCUGCUGCUGCAAAGUGAAGCAGCAGCAAAAGAUGAUGCAGCAGCAGCAGAAACAGUAGCUGCUGCUGCUCCUGCUGCUCCUGCUGCAAAGGAGGACUUUCGCGUGACUGUCUCCCCAGCCCCUGGUGCAGAUGCAGAAGCUGCAGGAUCGGGUUGUGCAGCAGCAGCUGGAGCAGCAGCAGCAGCAGCUGGAGCAGCAGCACCAGCAGCUGGAGCAGCAGCACCAGCAGCUGGAGCAGCAGCACCAGCAGCAGCAGCAGCACCAGCAGCAGCAGCUCCUGCUCGACGUUCUUGGUGGCCGUGGCGAUGGUUUAUGUCUUUUAGCUCUGCUGCACGCAUUGCGGAAGCUGCACAUACACCCCAGACGCUAGACGAACUCCGUGCUGCUGCUGCCUCUCUGCCGCAGCUAGAGACAACUAGCAGCAUCCAGUCGGUUGCUAGCUCCAUCAGCAGCAGCCUGCUGGCAGAAGCAGCAGCAGCAGCCUCAGGAGCAGCAGGGAGCAGCAGCAGCAGCAACAGCAGCAGCAGCAGCAGCGACCCUAAGAAGCAAAACCUCUGCGUCUACCGCGUUCUUUUCCGGCUUAUAGCGCCCUGUGUGGGACCCCUGGGGCUGCUGCGGCUGCUGGAAGUGCUGCUGUCUUCUUUGUCUCCUUUGCUGCUGGAGGCUAUCGUGGCUUGCUUAGAGAGUCCCCGGCAGCCCCCAACAGCAGCAGCAGCAGCAGCAGCAGCAGCAGCAGCAGAGAGCGAAAGUUUCGCCCCUAGAGGGAUGGAGCCCGGCCUCGAGCCGAACCACAACCGGCUGCUGCUGCUGUCGCUGCUGCUUGCUGCUGCUGCUUUUCUCCAGGUCUUCUUAAAUGUUUGCUGCGGCUUCUGCAUGCGCCGUAUCGCACUUAAAGCUAAAAACGCGCUGCUUGCUGCUGUAUUUGAAGCAGCACUUAGGCAGACGCACGCUCCCCUACCUUGCUACAGCAGCAGCAGCAGCAGCAGCGCAGCAGCAGCAACAGGUGUGGAAGAAGCAGCAGGAACAGACCUCGUAGCAGGCACCGAUGCAGCAGCUGCCGCUGUUGCUUGUGCUGCACCAGCAGCCACUGACGCUGCUGCUGCUGCUUCUGACAGUGCAGCAGCAGCAGCAACACCAAUGAGUUCAAUCGAUGCAGAUGAGUGGCGAGGAGACGUAAAGGCCCCAGAAGACGUUGGGCUGAUAGAGAGCCGCAGCAGCAGCAGCAGCAGCAGCAGCAGCAGUCUCUCCUGCAGCACAGGAUACGGGUUGCUUGUGCCCGAGGGGAUUCCAUGCCGUUUGCUUCGAACUCGCAGCAGCGAGAGCAGCAGCAACAGCCACAGCAGCAGCAGCAGCAGCAGCAUGAAGAAGACCAGAAGCGCAGGGGGGGCCCUUACUCGCGCUGUCUCCUUCGGUGGUAGUCUCCAUCGUGUGGUCUCUAAAACCCUAUUUGAUGGUGCUGCUGCUGCAGUGUUAACAGCAGCAGCUAGGGCAGAAACUGCUGCUGCUGCUGCUGCAGAAGCCGUUGCUGCUGCUGCAGAACAUGGAGGAGCAAGCAGCAGCAGCAGCAGCGGGGAAUCCUAUCUAUCGGCGCUAAGCGAAGAAGAGGGAAACAGCGAAGGAGACAGUGGGGAAUACCCUGAGGGUUUUUCUUCUCCAAGGCAGUUGUCUUUUGGAGAAGAAGAAGAGACAGAUUGUCUCGCCUUAGAGGUGCAGCAGCUGCACAGCUUGCCUGCUGCUGCUGCUGGUGUUGCUGCUGCUGCGAGCCCAUUCGAAGACAGCGUCGCCAGCGGGUCACUGCAAGACGAAAGCAGCAGAGGCAGCAGCAACGACAGCGGCAACAGCAGCAGCGGCAACAGCAGCAGCAACGGCAGCAGCAGCAGCGGUAUGUCGAUUGUUUAUGCAGCAGGGCCGGCACUAAGCAACGAUGCUGCAGCGAUUAUCCCCCAUUCGGGUGAUGAGUCAGCAGCAGAGACACCGCAAACCCCACAGCAGCUGCAGCAGCAGCAGCAGCAGGGCAGGGGUGCUGCUGCGGGUGCAACAAAGGCGCGUCCAUCAUUAACAGUCUCUUUUUCUGCAAGCGGCAAAGACAUCGCCAGCAGCAGCAGCAGUAGCAGCAGCAGCAACCCGAACACCACAACCAACAGCAGCAGCACCACCACCACCAACAACAACAGCAGUAGCAGCAACAACAACAACAGCAGCAGCAGCAGCAGAUCAGCGUCUGCUGCACUUGAGCUGGCGAACUUGGUGAGCGUUGACUGCGAAAGGACUCAGGCAGGCAUUUGCAUUCUUCACGAGCUGUGGGCCUCUCCAUUAACUCUGGUGCUUAAUUUGCUGCUCGUCUACAGACAGCUUUCUUCAGCUUUCUUCUAUGCAUUCGCCCUCACGGGGAAUUGUUUGUUUGUGUCUGCUCCUCUCCUUGUGAAGGUUACUGCUCUUAGCUGUCUCCUAGCCCGCAGCAGCAGCAGCAGCAGCAGCGGCAGCAGCAGCAGCAGCGCGGCGCUAAGAGCUAGCCGCCUAUUUGCUGCACUCUCUCUAAUAGACAAAGCCCUUCAGGCCCUCAACGGCCUCCCCACACUCAUGGCAGAUAUUACUGCUGCUGCUGUUGCACUUAAAAGACUCGGCAAAUGCCUCAAGCCUACUCCCGCAGCACUCCACAUGCACCUCAAACUGCAGCAGCAGCAGCAACAGCAGCAGCGGCAGCAACAGCAGCACGAGCAGCAACAGCAACAACAAGAGCAACAGCAGCAGCAACAGCAGCAACAACAGCAGCAAAAGCACCCGCGCAUUGAAUUAAGCCUCCCUAUAGAAUAUUAUCAUCAGACUGCGCCGCCCGAUGAGGCAACCGGAAGCGCAGAGGCACCGCGGGCAGAUGCAGCAGAGACAGCAGCAGCAGCAGCAGCAGCGUCUCCUUCGUCUGCUGUGAUUUGCUUUCGGCGUGCGGCCUUUGCCUGGCGGCCUCUUCGCCCGAGUGAUUCUCUUUCUCUGAAUGACUGCUGCCUCUCCCCUACAGCAUUUGCAGCAGACAGCCCUAAGAAAACCAGCAGCAGCAGCAGCAGCAGCAACAGCGGGUUGGUGCUUGCAAAGGGGUGUGUUGAUCCUUGUGGUCCCCAGGACCGAGCAUCUGCUUCUGCAGCUGCAGCAGCAGCAGCAGCAGAAGAGAAGGCCCCUUACUGUCUGCGGAGCAGCAGCGCUGUGCUGCAUGAUGUGGACCUGCAGAUACACCCGGGAGAGCUGCACGUCGUCUUAGGGAGAUCGGGCAGCGGCAAGAGCAGUCUUCUUGCUGCUGUUUUAGGGGAGAUGAGUCUCUUGAGAGGAGAGGCUUAUCUCAAUCUCCCCUGGCAAAACAGAAACAGCAGCAGCAGCAGCAUCUGCUGCUGCAGCUGCAGCAGACAUGACAAAGGCGGUGCGAAUCCCUCCACGGCAAAGGUACCCUCAUCAGCAGCAGCAACAGCACCAUCUUCAUAUACAGCACCCGCAGCAGCAGCAGCACCCACAGCCGCAACAGCAGCAGCAGCAGCAGGAUCAUGUGAAUGCGUCGACCCUUGGGAGUUUGUGGGGUAUUCACCGCAGCAGCCGUUAAUUUUUGAGGGAAGCCUCAGCAGCAACAUUUUAAUGGGGAGGCCGCUGCUGCCUGCUGCUUUUUAUAAAGUGCUGCAUGCAUGCGCUCUAGAUAAAGAUUUUGCUGCGCUAGGAGGAGAAGACAGCCCCAUCGAUGCUGGCGGACACAGACUGAGCGGUGGUCAGCGGGCUCGCAUUUGUUUGGCGAGGGCCAUCUACAGCGCUGCUGCAGUUGCUGCAUGCAAGGAAGCUUAUCAGCAGCAGCAGCAGCAGAAGCAGGCUGAUGCGGGCCUUGCGAGUAGCGGGGGUCCUGCUGCUGCUGCUGGUGCUUCUGCUGCUGCAGCAGCGGCAUUAGCAGCAGAGUUUGAAAAGUACGAGUUGACUCGAUUGGGGUUUGCUGGUCCUCGUGCGCUGUAUUUAAUUGAUGACCCCUUCAGCCCCCUCGACGCCGUCACAGCUAUGGCCGUCUGGCAACGCGUAUUCGCACCAGGAGGGAUAUUAAGCGGAAGCACAGUGCUGCUGGUGAUGCAGCCGUCUGCUCUGCUGAUGGUUGGCGCUGCAGCAGCAGUCUCUAGCUUCGUGCUGCUCUCUGGGGGAGCAGCAACUCAGUCGUAUUCAAUUGAUGAGUUACAGCGCAAGCAUAAGGGCUGGGGGGGAUGCAGCAUCACCAGCAGCAAAUUCAAAUCCACCCAGUGCAGCAGCAGCAACGUGAAGCAGCAGCAACGCGACGCAGCAGCAACCAACUUCAGUCCUCUUACACAGGGGGAGUCGAGCAGCGCGGUGGAGGGAGAGGCGCUGGAGCUGCCUACCCGUGCUGCUGCUACUUGUUCAUCUGCUGCAGCACCGGCAACUGCAGCAGCAGCAGCUGCUGCUGCUGACAGCGAAGGCAAGGCAUCUCAGGCCGUGCUGCCUUGGCAUGCGGAAUCCUCUGCUGCUGCUAACCCCGAAGCAACGAGAAGGGGAGAAGUCGCUUGGAGGGUUUGGCGGCUGUACAUACGCAGUGCGGGGCCCCACUUAGUGCUGCUGCUGCUGCUUGCAUGCGCCGUAAGCAGCAAGUCCCUCUGCAGCAGCAGCAGCAGCAACAGCAGCAGCAACUUAUUCAAAACCCGCAAAGCAAACCCAUUGUCAACCGCACCGCCACCACCUGCAGCAGCAAAGCAGCUUUGA